GAUGUACUGUGAGUACUCGUGCAUUGUACUUUCUUGGUUUGAACCAUUUUAACCUCCAGGCGCAGUGUGUGUUCUCGGUACAUUUUAAAAGUAUAACAUUUAUACUUAGUUCAGUUUACGUUUAAUCGUUUUUUGAACUGCCAGUUUGUUUUUUUUUGCGAAGAAGAGAAGCACAUUUUGUUGCGAUGUCUACCCAAUUAAUCAUAUCGACACCCCAAUGGUCAAAAUCACACUCAGACAUAGCGGAAUACGAAAAGGAUAUGCGAAAGCAACAGCAAACAAUAUUAAAGAAGGAACUUCAAAAAAUUUCUGAAAAAGAGCUAAGAGAGACAGAUAAUUCGAGAAAGGAGUGCUUAAGACAACUGAAAGCUUGGAUAGAGAAGAAUGAGGACAUACGAAACUGCAUUAUGGAUGACAGUUUUCUCCUUCGUUUCCUGCGUGUUAAAAAGUUCAGCAUCCCAAUGGCCCAGCAGACCCUCCUCAAGUAUCUCAACUACCGAAAACGAUUUCCGCAUAUUUUUUUCGAAUUAGAUUACAGCGUCUCCAAAGUGAACGAUUUAAUCAGUAACGGAUACAUUUUCGUAAGUCCCUUAAGGGACACCAAAGGAAGGAGGGUGAUAAUUUACGAUCUGAAUAAAUUUGAUGCUAAAAUAUACACGGGUACAGAUAUGGCCAGAGCCCAUGCGAUAACCUAUGAAACCCUUUUGGCUGACGAGGAAAAUCAAAUAUUAGGGGUUACCCAUGUGGCGGAUAUUGGCGGUGUAAAUGCUUCAUUUUUGACCUUAUUUUCUGUUACGGAUUUUGGAUAUUUAAUUAAAUGGGGAGAGCAAUCAUUUCCAAUGCGACACAAAGAGAUACACAUACUAAAUAUGCCGCAUGCCCUGAAGUACGUGUACGAUUUCGCCAAAUCGAACAUGAGCCAAAAGUUAAAAGAGAGGAUAAUGGUUCAUAAUUCAACUUUAAGCCUUUUUCAAAAAGUCGAUAAACGUUGUUUUCCCAAAGAAAUGGGCGGAGAAAUUCCAUCGAAAGAUAUGAUCUCUUCUUGGCAACAUGAGUUGGACGACAAACGAAAAAGAUUGUUGGCAAUCGACGAUAUUGAGUUGUUGAGUGACAGAGGAAUUAUUUGUUCAAGAAAUUCUAGUAAAUAUAAUGAUAAUGCAAAGUUGGUUGGAAGCUUUAGAAAACUUGAAGUAGAUUAAAUUACUUUAAGUUAGUGGAUUAAAGUACUUAAGAUUGUAUGGGUAGUUUGAUAAGAAAAUGUAUUAAAAUCUAAUAAUAUUUACAAAGUUUAGGUUUUAUAUAAUAAGCAGCUUAAGCAGAUAAACCAAAUCACUAAACUUUUCUCAACUAGGAAAUAUUUUUUCGUGUUCUUGAUUAGUACAAAGAGUUUCUUUAAGCAGAUUAUCCGUGCGACAAUGCGAUAUCUAUUUAAAAAAAUGAAUAUAGUAUAAGUAUUUUUUAGACCAAUAUUCUUGCCUUUCUAAGAUUUAUAUAAAACUAAGUAAUAUAACGUUAUAGGUUAAGUAUAGUUUUAAAAAGAGUUACCACAUUCAUCAUCACAUGGAUUAUUAGUUUUGAUAGUGCAAUAUUAGGCAUAGCUACUCAAGAAUCAAACAUACAUAUUUUGAACUUUAUUUUGAGUUAUUUUAACUGUUAUAUUUAAAUAUAUUUAUGUAAUCUAGUUAUAUGACAAAAAUUAAUAUAUUAUGUUAUGUCUUAUAUAAAUAGUUAUAUAAAUAAAAUAUUUUUAUAAAUAAA